AUGAAUAAUAACCAUAAAGAUACAAAAACAGCUUUAUGCACAUGCAAAAUUCUUGAGCUUCAUGUUAACAAAAGUAAAAAACAUUCAUCAAACCAGUUUUCUGGAGCUUUCUUUAAAACAUUUAGCUGCCCAUCUCCAAAAAAAACCCUUACUCUAGACAAGCAAACAAAACUGCAUAAUAAUAGUUCAAGCUUGAAAAGUGUUUUUGAUUUCAAAAGAUUAAGGACAGGGUCACCGUUAUCUCUAAGGAUUGGGCAUAAGGACUAUCGACCUCUCAGCAAACUUUCUGAAAAAAAGAAAUCCUUCUCUGAAUUAGGCACGAAAGAAACAAUUCCUUCUUCACCUUUUGAGAAAUCUCUCUCAAUUUCAUAUUCAACAAGAUAUCAAAAAAACCCUUCUCUUGUAUAUAUACCUGAUAAUAUAUAAAUUUGAAAUUUUGGCUGUAAUUUUAUAGGUGAAUUAUAGUAAUUAUUUUAUAAGAGUGGUGUAAAAUUUAAUUAAUGUUGUAUAAUGAAAUAAGGAAGGAUUAUAGCUAUGAAGAUACUUAUCAAAAAGAUAAAGUCAUUCAUGAUCGAUUGUAUGCGAAGAUAAAGACCGAAACACCUACAAGGCCUCAAACAUCAAGGGCUAGAAGAUUUAGAAGCUAUCAAGAUUUUUUACCUUUUAAAACAGCUCAAACAGCAUGGCAUACACCAAAGUUUUCUAUCAGUUCAGCCAGAUUGUUAUAG